CGAGGCGGUGCCUCGUGUGGUGCGCUCGCCUGUGUGGGGUCACGGAGCCCGAGGGGGCGCUUGGAGGGAAAAUAAAGGAAAAUGUGUGAAAAAAAUGAGUGAAAGCAGCAGUUGUGCGGGCCUGAGUUGGCCUGCGAGGUGUACCUCGUGUGCUUCUGGAGCUGUGUGUGUUGGUUCUAAUUAAUUAAUUAGCGUUGGUGAACUUCCUGAGGACACUUUGUUCCCUCAGGAGGGCUUCACGCCAGCAGGGAUGAAGAGAGCUAAGCUGAUCCACCCAGAUUUCCCCAUAUAUUUCCCUAUCUUUCUGUGUCUGCUUAGAGAACACGCUAUUUCCCAGCGCUGUAAGAGGCCUGGCAGUACCAAAGAUACGUAUGUGCUUCAAGUAUGUACUUAAACCAAGUGAAACCCUCGAGUGCUGCAGGUUAAGCAGGGUUUGAAGUGGAGCCCAAAGUGUCUUCGCUAGGUAGUAAGUACAGGACGUCCCAGCAAAUAAAUAGUGUGGGGUUUAGGGAUUAGGGCCGCUUGCUGCGCAGUUGCAGGCUUGAGUCUUAUUAGCAGGACAAGACAGGCACAUUGGGAAUGGAAUAUGGAAGGCCACUUUUAAAAUACUGGCUUCUGUGUCAAAAAUAGGAUUGUCCACACAGCCCACCAGAGUGGGACACUGUCCUCUGCUGCUGGGAGUCCUCACAGAGGUCUAAAUAAUAGGAAUGAGCUACACUUAACAUUUACCCUUGCUUGCAUCUAAAAAGUAACUACUUCCUAACAUGCUGAGGGGUUUAACACCUUUAAUUUGUGAUCUCUAGCUUCUUGUUAGUUUUGUUUGUUGCGUUACCUGACCUUGAAAAGGUGAUGGUGCUCAAAGAUGUCAUAAACAGCUAAGGCUUCGAGAGCUUGUACUGGUUUGGAAGAUCUAAACUCAUCUGUGGAAGAUCUUGAUUUAUCUCCGCUUUAAAAAGAGGAAGAAAUUGUGCCCUGGAGAUGGUUUGAGACUUGCCUACAGCCAGCUGUUUCUGUGGUUUAGGAUGAUGGGUGUGCGGACGUGUUGGUGGAUAUGUCUUACAAGACAGUAAAUACUGUGUCAGGGUGCCUGGAGCUGUAUCAGAAGUCACAUAUCUCAAUGAUGCAAAGUACUAAACCUGUACAAACUGAUCCUGGCAGUUCAGGAAAUGAAAUAUGAGGCGAAAGCUUAAAUCCCAAUGAUAUUUUUUUAUUAUUUUUUUUUUAUGUUUGGGUACUUUAAAGUGAGUCUGCAUUCUGACAAGACUUACUGCUCGCUCAGUGCAUCCUCUUUUCCUUCUUUCUUCUGCCCAUAGCCACAAAAUACGUUCCUGCUUGCCACCACCUUUCUCGUAUGUAGGCUCUGUACUUUCACUUGGUAGCUCUGGAUUUGAAUUUUUAUUCUGCCUCAGCUGUCAGUAUGAGAACUUUAGAGUAUCUUAGCUCUGCUCUUGCACUGGACCUUUGCUUACUCAGUAUGCGCUUUGGGAACUCACAUCUUGCCUACUCUGAGUUAUAGUGAUUGAAUUCAGAUCUCCUUCCAGAUAUUAAAAAGCUCAGGAACGUGAGUCAGAUGUUUUGGGCAUUUAAAAACCUGAAGGGUAUCAGAUACCCAUUUUACACAGCAAGUUGUGGCAUUUGUGUGCCCUCAGAUUUAGCAGCUCUCUGUACGAUUCAAACUAAGCCUUUUUCCUCCAGCAUGGAAAAAAAAGGAAAAUUUAGAUGGUUUCCUUAGCUGUGGUAGGUUUAUGGAGAGAGAUUGCAUUCAGUUCCCUUAACACGGGCCUGCUUUUGGGAUCACAUAAUGGAGGGGAUCCAGGCUGGUCCUCCCUACAGAGCAGGAAUAUGGCAAAUUCCAGAAGGCCCUGGUGUUCCUACAACUGGGAAUUGAUUUGCUUGAUAUUAAAAGCAGCGUGUCUGUCAUGGGUGUCAGCCUCCAGAGCCUUGCUUAUCCCUGCUGUUAUCUUCAUGGGAAUUAUGUUGGGGUGGAUUGACGACAUAUUAUGCUUUUUGUUGGUUUUGGUUUUAAUAGAUAUUUCAGUCAAUCACCUUGUUUCUUUAUUCCAGUCUCACUGCAAAGAACGAGAGCUUUCAUUGUCGUCUCCAGUAUUUGCUGUUCCUCGGUUUUUCAUUGUGAUCAGAAAAAAACAACAUGGAGUUAGACAAUGACACUGUCCGCACUUGCAGGCAAUCAGCAGUUUACAGGGCCCCCAAAAAAAUUAAGACAGAGAAGCAGUUUGAAGCAUUCUUGGAAAGAAACCUGCCUUCCAGCUUGCAUGGAGAACCACAAACCCCUCAACAGAACAGACGGCUACAUUGCAGAUUCUCCAAGGAAAGGUUCAGAAAGUUAAUUCGCAAGAUGUUCCCUGUCCUGAAUUGGCUUUUUUCGUAUCAGUUCAGAGAAUGGAUCUUGAGGGACCUGCAUGCAGGCCUAAAUAUUGGGAUUUUUCAGAUUCCUCAAGGGCUGUUGGGAAUUUGGCUGACCAGGUUACCUCUGCCAAUGUUCAAUUGCUUCCUUUCCACGUUCUGCUGCUCAAUGCUAUAUGUUAUAUUUGGGACCUCGCAUCACAUCUCAGUAGGCUCAUUCAGCAUCCUAAAUCUGGUGGUGAAAAACAUUCUGAAGUCUUUUAAUUUCAACCAAACUCUGUCCUUUAAUGGUUCAGUGGACAAUUUCUCAGACCCUACACUUACGGAAGAUCAAAUGGAGGCCUUGACACUUACUGCAUCAGUAACGUUUUUGACUGGCAUCAUUCAGUUGCUGCUAGGCUGCUUCUGCCUGGGGUCUGUAACAAAAUAUUUGCCAAAGACUCUCGUUGAUGCUUACCUCACUGCAGCAGCACUGCACGUCAUUGUAUCCCAGUUCAUCUUUAUCUUUGGUGUCAUGCUUGACUUCCAUAAGGGCCCCCGAGACAUUUUCUGCGAUAUAUUUCAUUACUUCCGGGCUCUCCCAAAGGCUAAUGCCACCAGCACAUUGCUGUUUUCACUUAGCUUGCCCGUGCUAUGGAUCAGUAAAUACAUCAGCAUAACUUAUAAACGUAAUCCAAUUGCAUUUCCUAUGGAACUUCUCUUGAUCAUCACAGGCACCAUUAUUUCCAAUCGCAUUCAUGUUUACGCUGAAUCUAGUAGUGCUGUGGUCAGUAAGAUUCCUCAGAGGCUUCUGCCUCCUACAAUGCCAGAUUUACCAAACCUGAGCAAGAUCAUAAUGCCUGCUUUCUCCCUUGCUAUUGUAAGCUGCUUCCUUCUUGUCUUUAUUGGAGAGAGGUAUGCUUCGCUUCACAACUACAGUAUUUCCAGCAGUCAGGAACUAAUAGUCGUGGGGCUAUGCAAUAUUUGCAGCUCAUUUUUCAAAAGCUUUGCUAUCAGCUGUGCUAUUUCUGGAACUGUCAUUCAAGAGAAGACAGGUGGAAGAACACAGUUAGCAGCAAUGAUUGGAGCAACUAUAAUGCUGGUGAUUGCACUGAAACUAGGAUACUUUUUCCAGAUGAUUCCUAAUGGUGUACUGGCUGCUAUUGUGGUAUUUAAUAUGCUACCUUUUCUUCAAAAAUUUCUGGACAUCCCCACUCUGUGGAGACAGGAUAAGUAUCAUUUAGUUAUUUGGCUUGGAACUUUUGCUGCAGUGCUUCGUCUUGGUCUUGAUGUGGGAUUAGUGAUCGCCCUGGCACUUGCGUUCUUCAUAAUCGGCAUUAGGUCACACAGAAUGAAGAUGGUGGAGCUGGGACAGAUUCCAAACACGAAUAUUUAUAGAAGUUUAUCCGUCUACGGAGCUGCUAUGGAGAUUGAAGGUGUCAAAAUCUUCCAGUGCUGUUCUUCCAUUUCUUUUGCAAAUAUGAAUAACUUCAAAAAUUACUUGUUACGCGAGAUGGACAUGAAAGCAGUGCCUCUAGAUCAAAGUGAAAUGAGGGAUUUAAUUUCAGAUUCUUGGUCAGAAAGUUCGCUGGAAAACAAAGAUUUUGAAUGCUCUUGGGUCUGUGAUCAACCUCUACCACCACCUAGGAUACCAUAUACAGCGAGACUGGUGAAGCGAAGUCACACAGGCAGAGCUUCCUCGUCAUCUUCAGUGAAUUUGGUACGCUGGUCCAAGAAUGGAGACAGACACAAAUCGAAAACGCUCCUGGUGGGAACAGCUGAUGCACAGCUUCCGUCCCUGGGCACUAACACAGGAGAUAAGACUGAAAAGAAGGAGGAUGAAGGGAAAGGAGCUAGCCCUUUGGCAGGCUCUGCAAUAGAUAAUUCCUCAGUACAGUUAGGUCAGGAGGAAGAGUCAGCGGAUUUGUCGUGUCCAGUUCACACCAUUAUUUUAGACUUCAGCAUGGUGCAAUAUGUGGAUUUGCAAGGCUCAGACUUACUGAAAGAGAUCAUCCACAUGUUUUGCGACACUGGCAUUACAGUCUUCAUAGCUGGCUGUCACCCCUCUGUGAUUGCAGUGCUUGAGAAGAAUGAUUUCUUUGUCGGAAGUGUCACCAAACGAAUAUUCUUUCUAACUCUUCAUGAUGCCGUGCUGGCUGCUGUGGAGAAGCAUCAAAAGCCAGAUGGGCUACAACUUAGCUCGAAAGAGGUUGCCGAUAAACUACAAGCUAAACACCAGAAGAAAACAGAGUCGCUCUUGGAGAAGACCAGAGAGUUUUCCUCUACAAGGAGUUCUGACACCAGAUUUCUGUGUGAAGUGCCACCAGAUAUCUGAUGCUCAGCCAAGAACGAAGCAGGGCCAAGCCCUCUCCGGCGGUUUGAUUCUUCAUCCUUUCAAGCAGAUUUCGAGGACCCAGGCUGGGAGAAGAGGUGGAAGUAGACCAGCAAUCCCUGAAUUACAAGUGUUGGGGAACUGGGAUGUCAAAAGAAGGGAGAAAGGUACUGUCAAGCAACAGUUCUGGUGGUUCUUAUCAGCAUUUGAUGUUAUUUUUUUUUCUUUUCUUUUCUGUUCCAGAGUUCUUAAAAUAGACAGCCUGACUAAUGCCUACAGUACUUCUGUUGUUCUAAACAAAAAGCAGCAUUUAUAUUAUUGCUUUCAGGCAUUUUCAAAUAGAUAUAAUAUUAAGCAAUAGCAACAGCAGAGAAAUUUCAAUGUACAAGAUAAUUCCUAGUUUUGUAGUGAAUUCUAGCAAAUGAUAUACACUUCUUUCCUGAAAUUCUUUAGAAAUUAGUUUAAACGCCCCAACUUAGUACUUUUUAUAUAUUUAUUGGUUGCUAGUAAGUAAAACUCAUCUGCCAUAUCUUGGCAGAUUAUGUGCAGACAGUUUUAUUAUCUUCAGAAGUGUGUCGAGUGAUGUGAAGCUUCAAAGAAAAGCAUUUUGUCAUUACUGUUAGACAAAUUGCUGAGGUUGAUAUUGUCUGCACUAACAUAACAUGAUGCCAGUCCUUUGAGUAAUUUUCCCUCCAUCUGUCUAGCUACCUGAACUAAAUCCCAGUAAACAGUAAUUUAUUUUUUCAUGUUCUUUGCAUUCUCUUGCUGAAAUAGCGAAGAAUGGAGAAAUGUUUUCAUUUUGUUCUGAAGAGCCAGGAAAAUUAUAACCAGUUAACACUUGGGGAAAACAAAAUCAGCUUACUUCUAUUUUCUGUACAUCAGCCGUAGAGUUUAACACAGUAUUAUCAGUACAGAGGAAUGACCUAGGAUUACACUGAAAGCAGAAACAUUUACCUACAGCAGCAAUACAUGCCACAAGCUUUUGCCAUACCCUCAUCUGGAGGAUCAUUUCAUGGCACAGACUGCCCACUGCAAAGAGCCAAAUUAGUUAAUUGAAUUAAUGAAAUUAUUUAGUGAAAUUAAUUGUAGAUGAGUGGCCAGCACUGUGUCUAUAUCCUAUUCAGCCCCAUUUCAGUGCAAAGUUUGGGUGUAAAUGAUGGGUCCUUUAUACACAGGUCUAUGCUCUGGGCUGAAUUCCAAAACAUGUGAACAGCUCUAACUUUCGCUGCUGGGCAUUGCCUGGUUUCUUGAUGUAGAGUAAUAGCACGGUGGUUCCUCUGAAUUCUGCUCCUGGCUGCUAAAUUUUAGCAAUGAUACAAUGGCUAAUAGGAAUGUUAAUAUUAAACUACCUGUAAUGUACUGCA